AUGCCCCUCCCAGAUCUUUCCCGGCUUCUUCACCAUCCUAUACCUUCUGAUGGCGCUGCAGAUUUCCAUGCGCUCCCAGAUCUUUCCCUGCUUCUUCGUCAUCCUAUACCUCCUGAUGGCGCUGCAGAUUUCUCUGCGCUCAUUCGUCCACGCGUGGGGGCUGGUCCCUCUAUGAAUCUACCUGGUCCUCAGCUCCCUCUCCAAAACCAUCAGCCGCUUCCCUCAGACCCUCAGCUCCCUCUCUGGAGCCCACCUGACACUAGCACUCAGCGCGCUCCUCCAAGCAUUCGGCCUGCACCCCCUCAUCAUUUUUCCGGCGCUGGGGGCAGUCCAAUCGACGAUCCAGACGGUGACCUCGACGACGACCUCCACGCUGACGAAAACGAUCUUUUUUCUGCCCCCCUUGGCAACGCGCUGGGGAUGUUGGGCGGGGGGGACGCUGACAUGGAUGAUGACGAAGGGAUGGAGCUUGACCCCUCCCGUCGUCGUGUCAUUAGCCUUGACAGUCCCCCAAGCGGCAAGCGCACAUUCUGUGAUCUCGGCGCAACACAAUUUGCACUCUCGACUGAGCCUCGCAAUACAGAUGACCUUCUCACUGGUCUAGAGAUUAUCUCACCUGACGACAUUGCCGCUGAAUUUGCAGCUCUCGAAGAGUUGAAAAGGACUGAAGAAGUUCAGAGCAUUAACGAAGUUGAAGUUCUCGUGGGAAAUGCUUUCGAUUUUGACGAGUUGGAUCCUGUUGGAUCGGGUUGAACAACCACAGACUGUUCUAGAUGAGAUUGAGGUGGUUAAUUACAAUGGCGAGGGUGACAGCUGGGAUGAGGCAACAUUAAUAUUGAUGUCACCACUAGGAAUGUCAUACACAUAGUCUACAUAACCUAGCUAAGCGCCUAGAGUUUUGCCAAGUUUUGCCACCCUGGCAAAACAACCGGUUUUGCCAGUUUUGCCGGUUAUAACCGGCAAAACUAAAGCCAAGUAG